AGUGAAGGGCACAGCUCGUUUGGGAGUUGCACCCAAUCGGUAGCUCCCCAAAGCAGACUUUUUUGUUGGACGUAUUCCUUCUAAGAUGCCCCCCACCCCCCCACCGCGCAUCGACGUUUUUGCUCUUUUGAAUCCUUUCUCGAAACUGUAGGACGGAAUUGGUCCUCACUGGAGUUUUCGGAUGCGCUUCAAAGCGACGAUGCAAUGACUCUGAUCAUACCUCACAUCUCCGUGCGUGGCUUAAACCAAAUAUAAACAGCUGCCGUGCGCGUGUUUGGAAACUCUUCAAAUCGACCUGCAGGAGGUGCGUGGAAACCCCUCUGUGAUGUGGAUCUGUCACACUUUGCCGAGCUUUUGCAUGGCCGACGCUGGACAUUUUGUGGAAACCGGACACAGUUUGCGGCGUUAAACGGGUUUUCUUUAGCUGUUUGUGUGUCUUUUAACGACCGCGCACGGCAGUGGCAAUGAUCACUGGGAACGAUGGGAUGGAGAGCGACGCGCCGCUGCAGCGCUCUCCAAGCACCAUGUCCAUCCAGCCGAUGUCCUCCAAGGCAAGUACGCACACAGCUGCAGAGACUAAAGCGCUCGCUGUCCUUCAAGACCAUCAUGCGCAGCAAAAGCGUGGAGAACUUCUUCCAAAGGUCCUACAGCGACGCUCGCCUGCCCCCAGAUUUCAUCACUGAUCCGCCGCCUCCUUCUCCCCCCCUGGCGCCCGGCUCCCCUCUCGCUGGCGACCGGUCGCCGUCCGUCUCACCGUCUCUCAGCCCCAACCCCUCCAUCUCCUCCCACUCCCCCUCGCUCAGCCUUUCCCCAUCGCUGCCCGCCAAACCUCAGCGGCCUCAGAUCACCCACUGUUUCCAGGACCACGUCUUCCGCAAACCCACCAACUGUCAGCACUGCAAGAACAUGAUAGUGGGAAACUCCAAACAGGCGUUGCGGUGUAAGACAUGCAAGAUGGCUGCUCACCUGUGGUGCACCUCAGAACUGUCGCUGCAGUUGUGCCAGGGGAAGUCCGGUGCAUUCAAGCGAAACUUCAGCUCGCCGAUGCUUGUCAACGACCAAUUGUCUGUUGUCAAGGAAGUUCAACCGAGCCAAGUGUGUUUAAACACAGAACUGUCUCCAUCUUACCCGAUGACCGAGGAGCGUGAAGUGGGAAAAUGUAAAGAGGAAGAACAAAUUCAGCCUCCCUCGGAGGACGGUCUGCAUCCUGGAAAGGCUGUGCGGAUGCGUGUCGAUCCCGUGUACGCCGCCUUGCGCUACGGGACGUCCUUGGCACAGAUGAGCCGCUCCAGCUUUGGCAGUUUGUCCGAGUCACCGACGCGCAGCCUGGGGGAGGGAGGUGAGGAGAUGCAGCAGAGACAGUACAGCUUGGAGGAAGAGAUAACUCAAGAGACGGGGGACGUCUCCGUCCCCGACGUCGAGGUGGAGAAGGAGGAGGACGAGAGCUGCAGCGGCGCCCCGACUCCCGCCGAAGCUCCGAAUGCAGCAGAGGAGAGCAGUGUGAUGGUACCCAAGCGCAUUGAAGUUCACUCCAUCCACACCUAUGUAGCGCUCUACAAGUUCCUGCCUCAGGAACAGAAUGACCUGGAACUCCAGCCUGGUGAUCGUGUGCAGGUCACUGAUGACUCUAACGAGGAGUGGUGGAAGGGCAAGAGCGGCGACAAAGUCGGCUUCUUCCCGGCCAACUUUGUGCAGCGGGUCAGGCCAGGAGAGAGAGUGUGGCGGGUCGUCCAAGGCUAUCCGGGCAGCCGAGAGAGAGGACACAUGGCCGUGAGGGAAUCCCAGAUCUGCGUUGGAAAGCGGGAAGACGGCGAGGUGUUCCUGAGGCUGAGCAGCGGAAAGAAGAGAGGCUUGGUCCCCGCUGAGUCCAUAGAGGAGAUCUGAGCCCGCGUGAUCGUCCCGCCACUCCUGCCGUCCCCCCGGAAGGCUCUGAAAGUCAGACCGCGCCUUCCUCCCUCCCCCCCUCCCCCCCCCCUGUCCCCCUCGACCCUGCGAAACGACUCUCCACACAGUCCUGAGUGACUUGUACCAAACACGGACACACUGGACAAACAAAAAGACACUUUUUCCAGCAGGAACUUUAUGAACAAACGGCUUCCAGUGGAAUUGAUUUAGUGUCUCAAAAGUCCCGCUUUUAGAAAGAAACUAUUUCUCAUUAGUCUAGUUUUUAUCUUUCAAAGUCAAAAAAAUUAAUGUAAAGGAAAUGAUUUAAAUAUGCCUGGCACAUGAGUGUUCACAUUUAGUUCCUGGCCACAAAGGAGACGUGGGAGGACGCCAUGUCCUGUCUGAGGAGCGUGAUGCCCCCCUCAAUGCUCUUGUUUCUGCACACUCUUCACGUUCUAUUCCUUUGUGCUCUUGUCAUUUGUCAUGCCGUCUUGCCGUCUUGCAUGGGGACUGACAUUAACUUCAUGGGACCAUGAGGCCCACUGCAAAGGACAAGAAAGCUGCACCUGCCCCCCCCAUCAGGAGAGCGAGGAGAAGAAGAUGAAAGGAGAAGACCCAAUCCCCAAAAAAUCCUCAGCUGUCGGGAGUGAUAACUGCACUCGGCAACUUGGAGGCUCAGAAAUGAUUUUCAAAACAAAUUUGAAGUCACUGGGGAUUUUUUCAAGGGAAACUCAAAAAAAACUUUUCUUCUCUGACUUUUUCAGUAUAAUAUAACAACGAAAACACUGUAUGGGACAGCAUAUGUUUUAUUUAUGGAGCAUAAAACAGUCGACUGCAGAACAGACUUUUGAAAUAUUCACAAAGAAAGUGAGAGGAAACUUGAGGGUCGCCGCUGGUUGCUGAGCUCGUUGAGCGAGACCCUGAGCUUCUAACAGCUGCGGCUCCCGCGUUCCCACGUAAAGGACUCACUGCCUUACUGCACGACCGUGGAACGCAGGGAAAUAAGCCGCGGCCAUGGCCAACGGGGACGUUCUGACCACCACGAGGAGUCUGAGUCUGAGUGAGAACCGGGCGGCGGGAGAGGAAUGACACCAGCGUCGAACCGCGAUGAGUCAGUGUGUGUGCAUGCAGGUCGUGCUGUGCACACGGGUGCACCAGUCACCAUUGAUCAAACGUCAGCCUGUGGUCUUCAUGUUCUGCUCUCUCUCUCGUCUUCUCUUUAUUCAGCUUGCUGUUCAGUUAUGGAAUAAAUAGGGAACUUUUCUGGUUGUAGAGUUCAGAGGUGAACUUUUGACAGUUUAGACUUUACUGAUUCAUUCAUCCAUUAUUUAUUUAACAAAUGUGAGGCAGUCUUCAAAAGGACAUUGUGUUCCAAAGAGAGAACAGACACACACACACACUCUGUUUCAUGAAGAUGUGUCACAGAAAUGUUGGUUUGAAACGCAGAAUACAGCAGCAGAACGAGGCCAAACGAUGGAAUAAUUCAACUUGUUUGUCUCCUUUUGGACAAGACCGAUCUAACGAAAAUGAUCCUUCUUCAGCCUGCAUUUCAAUAUAUGUGAAAAGUAUACCGUGAAAAGCACUUUAUUUUGUGUCAUAGGUUAUUUCUGUUGAGGUGUCUCCUUCGUAGUGAUAGCUGUCGUAUUCAAUGAUACCUGCAACUUUGCUUCCCCCUUCAUCUCUUUGGUCUAAGGGCUGAUGGCUCGUUGUUUGUCAGAUGUUUAUAAAAUAAUUACAGAUGGAAAACCAUCUGGACCACCAUCCUGGAGAAAAAUGGCAAUAGAACUGGACUUAUUCCCAUGUGAAAUUGUUAUUUAUCAUUGUGCCUAGUUUUAUGUAGCAUCGUUCACGCCUUUUGAGAAUUCACAGUGUUUGGAAGUAUCCUCGGCAACGUGCCUCAUUAAAUACAUCUUUGCAAAUCA